AUGGCAACUGAGAAGAAGAAUGCGGAGCGGGCAGUGGUUGAGAUGAAGCGCGAGCUGCAAAUCUCAAAGGAAGAAGCUCGACGAGCUUGGGAAGAGCUGGGACGUAGGGAACAGGAAGAACGCGACCGCACGUUUUCCCUCCGAGAAGGCCAACCGACUUGGGUCGGCGGUGUACAAGUAGUUCCCCGGGAGCCAAACAUGGGCCGAGGUGGAAGGGCUUCAGAAGAUGCAUAUGCCGGUGCACAGAGCGGAGGAUCAGGCAUUGAACAACACUACUCAUAUGAGGAAGGCCAAUCACCGACAGAUACAGACCCUUUCACAGAGAGCGCUCGCCAUGGUCGUCGAGAACCUGAUGCACCAUCGCUAGCUCAGGGCUCCUAUGUGCCAGCGGGAGCUACAUCUGCUUCCUCCUCGCGGCCUGGUACCUACAGUACCGCUGCUGAGCAAUCGCAAAUCCCUGCCCCCAUCCAGGUUCAACCGCGGGUAACUCAUGCUCAGCAGCCGCCCAAUCAGCAAGCAAUGUCGCAACCCGAAGCUUUCUACCAGCAGCCGGGGUCGUACUUGCAUGAAGAUCCUGAAGGAGGCGUACCAGAAGACGAGAUGUCGUAUGUGACAUCACACGGCGAGACAUCAGAGGGCGAAGAUGAGGACUACCCAGCAGACGCCCGAGGUGGCUAUGUGGUGAAUGAUGCGGGCCACCGUGUACCCUACAAUUCAGUCCGGUCGCCUGUCUCAGACGAGUACGAUGUGCAAGAAGAUCGCCGUCGCGAGUUGGAGCAUCUCCAGCGCUAUGGUACUGCAGCCUCUUCGUCGGGCGGGUAUGCUACAACUUCCAGCGCUGAACCAUCGGCGGGAGGGGCAUUCGCGACAGCCGGCCAGGCUGACUAUAGCGGAGAUGGCUAUGGGGACGAGUGGGUAGGCAUGAGGCACCACCAUCCUACGCGACUGAGCGAUGUUCCGGAGGAGGACGAGCGAAGUCGCACGAGUCCCAGCAGGGCGAGUCAAGCAAGCAGAGGAAGGUUGUACUAG